AUGUCCUUUCCUGCCUAUGUCCAGUCGAUUGUGAAAUACAAGAGCCCGCACCCCCAGGAUUUAUCCUUUGUGAAGGGGGCUACGAUUCGUGUGCUCGGUCUCGCUGAACGUCCGACCGAUGACGACGACGAUGACGACGAAGAAGAUCGCUGGUACAUUGGCGAGCUCAUUGAUCGCUCACGAAAGGGCCAGUUUCCAGCUAGCCUGGUGACUCCUGUCGAUGCGCCACGAGAGGAGCAGGAGGACGCGGCAGCUGUAAAGACCGCGGCACCACCCAACUUGGACUCGACCGCGGCACCUGCGCCGGUGGCCGUGCCACUCAGCACACUCCCAACCAGCGCCAUUGCGCCGGAAACUAGUGGUGCUGAUGACGUUGCGCCUAGUGUACCAAAAGAACAGGACACUGUGCCGGGCCUCGAGCACGCUAUGCAGCAUGCAUCACUAUCGGACACCGCAGCACCGAGUGGAGCACAUGUGCCGGUCCCCGAGGCGCCUACGGCGGGCGAGCGUGCCCCGCAAGUCGCACCGGGCCUGGAGAGCGUACCUGCGUCGGAGCCAAGUGAUGUGCCGGCAGUUGCGGCACCGGCGCCGAGCGUGCCAGAGAGCGCAACAUCCCCGACAACGGCGCCAGAGGUCGCCCCUGCUGCGCCGGCGACCCAGACCGAGCCCGAGCCGAAAGCAGCGCUGGCAGAAGAACCCAAAGCAAGCGAGGCAGCUGCACCUGCUGCGCCCAAAGAGCCUGCCUCCGAGGCGCCCCCGCAAGCAGCCCGUGUACCCGACGCAGACGCACCCGAUCCCAGCCGCAUGUCGCUUCGUGAUCGCAUCGCAGCCUUUAACAAAUCCGCCGAAAAGGCACCGCCACCCAUCCCCAAGGGCAAGCCCGGCGGCUGGAAACGCCCUCCGCCGCCAGAGAAUGGCCAGAAGCCGCCGAUGCCUGCGACCGCGGAGGCGGCUAUCCCGGCCGCUGCGCCGCCGCCCCACGCUACUGCCGACCCUACCGAGGUGGACGCCGUGCGCAACGAUACGUCAGGCUCGUUCAGCGCUUCGGAUGCCAAGAGCAGCAUCAAGAUGAGCUUGAAGGAGCGCAUGGCCGCACUGCAACGCACCGACGCAGAAGCCAAAGCGGCUGCACCGCCGCCCCCUCGCAAGUUGAGCCGCGACGUGCCUGUGGAAGAAGCGGGAGCCGAAGCCGAGGAGCCGAGCGAGGACGAAGCGGCACGUCGCGCGGCGCUCGCACAGCGUAUGGCGCGCAUGGGAGGACAGCGCAUGGGUCCGUUUGGCGGGGCUGCGCCGCCGAAGGAGGCGCCAAAGGACGACGAAGCACUCAGAGAGCCCGAGGCGCCUGCAGAUGCCCAGGAUGAGCCUGUGGCCGAGCGCGAAGAGGCGCCUGAGGCUACGUCGCCUGAAACGCUCGUCGUUCCCCGCCGCACGGCUGCGCCCCGCACAAGGCGCGCGAAGGCCGAGCCCCAGGCGGCCGCCGCACAAGUCCCGGUGCCGACCUACGAGGCGGCGGACGCUGGCUCGGACCAAGCGGCAAAUGUGGGUGCAGCGGAAACGUCCGCGCCUGCCGUUCCGGGCGCAAUGCCAGGGGCCGAGCCGGCUGCCGAGGAUGCACAAGCCGAGUCUGUUACCAAGACCACGCAACAGCCCACUGCCGAGGCCGCGGCGACCGGAGCCGUGCUUUCACAGACUGUGCCUACCGAGGCCACGUCUACCGAGGCAGUGCCUACCGAUCCCAGUACCAAAGCCUUGAAAGACGAAUCCGCGGCGGAGCCUUUUGCUCCGGACAUUUCAGAGCCUCUGCAAACUUCGUCUGCACGCGAACCCGAGGCUGCUGUUACGGCUGUUACGCAAGCGCCUACCGAGGCGCCUUUCGCGCGUGCCGCACCCCACCCCACCGAAACUGUACAGGAAUCCCAACCCCCAUCUGACCUUUCGCCCUAUGCGACCGAGGCGACGGCGACGGAGCCGACGAGUGCUCCGGCACCUACGCCGAGCGAUACGCUAGCAUCCGUGCUCGACGAGCCACAGCAGGACUACAAUGUGCUGCACGGUUCGAACGCGGCACCGUUCCCAUCGACGCAGGAUGCGCCAGUCAUCCCUGCCGAGGUUCUACAUGGACCUACGCCUGGUAUCGAGGAUGCGCGUGCCGCCGAGGUGCACCGUGCGCCCUCGACGCUGCCGCCCAAGGUGCCGCCGAUGUACCCCACGAACGAUGCGAUUCUUCCCACGUCCGUGCCCAACACUUCGAACCACCUUCCUCCGUCGGAGCCGCUUGCGCGCUACGCGCCUCCUGCGCCGACCACUGCGCCGCUUGUGCCCCCGACCGAGCCCCUGGGAUCGACCGACAUUGCCCCUUCGAUCGGCGCGCCGGUCGUCGGCCCGACGCCGGGCAUGGCGCACAUUCCGCAGAUGGAAACGCCGCCGAUUGUCACGCCGGAUGUCGUACCGCAAGCCCGUGCUGUGCCCCCGCCUCGCUCCGUGCCUCCGCCGUCGCUGCGCAGGCAGAGUGGCCCGGAACCGAUCUCUGCGCACGUCACGCCGCUCGAUCUCAAGACCGACGACGAGGCCGAUGACUUCUCGUCGCAGCGUGCACAGCUCGAGCAGCUGCUGGGCGAGUCGGGCGGAUCAGCCUUGCCGUACGUCAGCCAGAAUGCGCCGCACGCGGAGCAGGAGCCGGCCGCGACUGAGGCACCGUCCUUUUCGCGCGUGACGCGCAUCGAUCCCUCGAAAGAGGGGGCGCAGGAGCAGCCGCCGGCGCAAACCUCGCGGACGCUCGAUGCCCCGUCGCAGGGCGCUUCGCUGCUGCGUGCGAACUCGAACCGGUCCACGCAUGCCGCCCCGAUGUUUGUGCCCUCGCCGUCGGACUUGUCGUUCCCUUCGACGUCGCCCACAUUCCCAUCGCCGCUGCUUAUCCCGUCGGAAAUCCCAGAAGCGCCCAAGGAGGAGGCAGCUCCGCAAGAGGCGCCUCUGUCCGAGGCUGAGCAAGAGAGCGAGCGCCGCGCUGCGAUUGCACAGCGCCUUGCCCGCAUGGGCGGCCAGCGUAUCGCUGGCCUGCCGGGCAUGCCACCGCCGCCGCAGAGGCAAUCGGUGCCGGAGACGGAAGCGAUUCCGCCGCCCGCGACGCCGUCUUCGCCGCCCGAGGCCCCAGUCGUGCCGCAGGAGCCCGUUAUGCCCGAGGUGCCUGCAGCGGCGACGCCAGACACGUCGAGCACGCAUCCCCGCCGCCCGGUGCGCCGUGCGCCGACCUUGCCGCCGAAUCACCAGGCGGCUGACGAGGCUGUUUCGCCCGCGACCGCCGUCGGUACCGAUGUGCUCGGCGAGUCGACCGCGCCGCCGGCGCGUGCCCCUCCGUCGCGUCCGCCCCCCACGCGUGCACCCCCGCCUCCUGCUGCGUCUGGCCCUUCACCGUACGCUGAGGACGCAUAG